AUGAGGAGCUGGGAUGUGGCUUUCCGCGUGUGGCACAGCCAUAUUAAUGAGCGCGGUAAGGACGCCAUAGAAGAGCACAGACACAAGACAAGGAAUCGAGUGGCUAUGCUCAGCUGGAACGGGUACGCUAAAAUCAGCCAAGGCCUUGUUGUACACCUAGAACCACAAUUGAACAGUCUCGGCCACAGAAAGGUCUUGUUGCUGGGCACUCGUCCGAACACGGAGCUGUGUAGUACUCCACAGUGGAUGGAGAAUUCCCGGAGGCCCCCGGAAACCCGGAAAUCCGACGAAUCUCGGCCGCGCUCUGUCAAUUCAGCUGCCGCUGAUCAUGGCCGAGUGGAGCCAACGGUCACUAGCAUCAAUUCUAGGAUAGAUGUACAUAUGGCAGGCUACUGUUCCGUGGUAAUGAACUCGCGACAACUGUCACCCCAGAUGUCCGAUUCGCAUCUACACACCAUGUCCAUGGAUGCGUUGGUCUGCUACCGAGGGAAGGCGCUAUAUCAAAAAGCCCUUGGCAGGGCUGACAGCAGCGCGAUGGCUGUCAAAUCACGAUGCGCGAUAAGCGCUACAACGCAUGACCCAUGA